AUAUAAGAAUACAAGAAGCAAGUAGAUAGCUAUAUUUCCAUCAAUUCAGGCUCUCAGAACUUCAGACACAGCAGGACAGAAGUGUUAAGAUGGAGAAAGCAAUGAUUCUGGUUUCUGUGCUGCUCCUGGGGUGGACCUGGACCCUCCAGGGGGUCCCUGUUGAUGGGGAUGAGGUGGAGCCCUCUGUGGCUUCUGAGGACGUGGAGGAUGCAACUCUGCUCAAAGCUCCUCUGUUCAGUGCUACAGAAGUCUGUGAUCAACCACCAGAACCAGGUCUAUGUGGUGCUUACAUUCCACGUUACUUCUACAACUCCUCCUCAAUGAGCUGCCAGCUUUUCAUCUAUGGAGGGUGUACGGGCAACCAGAACAACUUUAAAACUGAGAAAGAGUGUAUGCAGAAUUGUCACACUGAAGAGGUCUGUAAACAAAGACCAAAAACAGGUCCAUGUAAGGCGCACAAUCCACGUUACUUCUACAACUCCUCCUCAAUGAGCUGCGAGCUUUUCAUCUAUGGAGGGUGUAAGGGCAACCAGAACAACUUUAAAACUGAGAAAGAGUGUAUGCAGAAUUGUCACACUGAAGAGGUCUGUAAACAAAUACCACCAACAGACGGCCCAACGUGUUUGGGGAAUUUCCCACGUUACUUCUACAACUCCUCCUCAACGAGCUGCCAGCUUUUCACCUAUGGAGGGUGUGGGGGCAACUUUAACAACUUUGAAACUGAGAAAGAGUGUAUGCAGAGAUGUCACACUGAAUAAGUCUGUGAUCAACCACCAGAACCAGGUCUAUGUGAUGCUUACAUUCCACGUUACUUCUACAACUCCUCCUCAAUGAGCUGCCAGCUUUUCAUCUAUGGAGGGUGUAAUGGCAACCAGAACAACUUUAACACUGAGAAAGAGUGUAUGCAGAAUUGUCACACUGAAGACGUGGAGGAUCCUCUGUCCAAUACCACUCUGCUGAAUACAACUCUGCUGAAUCUGCCCAAUAAAUUUAUUUUUAAUGCAACAAAGGUCUGUAAACAAAGACCAAAAACAGGUCCAUGUAAGGCGCACAUUCCACGUUACUUCUACAACUCCUCCUCAAUGAGCUGCGAGCUUUUCAUCUAUGGAGGGUGUAAGGGCAACCAGAACAACUUUAAAACUGAGAAAGAGUGUAUGCAGAAUUGUCACACUGAAGAAGUCUGUGAUCAACCACCAGAACCAGGUCUAUGUGAUGCUUACAUUCCACGUUACUUCUACAACUCCUCCUCAAUGAGCUGCCAGCUUUUCAUCUAUGGAGGGUGUAAUGGCAACCAGAACAACUUUAACACUGAGAAAGAGUGUAUGCAGAAUUGUCACACUGAAGACGUGGAGGAUCCUCUGUCCAAUACCACUCUGCUGAAUACAACUCUGCUGAAUCUGCCCAAUAAAUUUAUUUUUAAUGCAACAAAGGUCUGUAAACAAAGACCAAAAACAGGUCCAUGUAAGGCGCACAUUCCACGUUACUUCUACAACUCCUCCUCAAUGAGCUGCGAGCUUUUCAUCUAUGGAGGGUGUAAGGGCAACCAGAACAACUUUAAAACUGAGAAAGAGUGUAUGCAGAAUUGUCACACUGAAGAAGUCUGUGAUCAACCACCAGAACCAGGUCUAUGUGGUGCUUACAUUCCACGUUACUUCUACAACUCCUCCUCAAUGAGCUGCCAGCUUUUCAUCUAUGGAGGGUGUACGGGCAACCAGAACAACUUUAAAACUGAGAAAGAGUGUAUGCAGAAUUGUCACACUGAAGAGGUCUGUAAACAAAGACCAAAAACAGGUCCAUGUAUGGCGCACAUUCCACGUUACUUCUACAACUCCUCCUCAAUGAGCUGCGAGCUUUUCAUCUAUGGAGGGUGUAAGGGCAACCAGAACAACUUUAAAACUGAGAAAGAGUGUAUGCAGAAUUGUCACACUGAAGAGGUCUGUAAACAAAUACCACCAACAGACGGCCCAACGUGUUUGGGGAAUUUCCCACGUUACUUCUACAACUCCUCCUCAACGAGCUGCCAGCUUUUCACCUAUGGAGGGUGUGGGGGCAACUUUAACAACUUUGAAACUGAGAAAGAGUGUAUGCAGAGAUGUCACACUGAAUAAGUCUGUGAUCAACCACCAGAACCAGGUCUAUGUGAUGCUUACAUUCCACGUUACUUCUACAACUCCUCCUCAAUGAGCUGCCAGCUUUUCAUCUAUGGAGGGUGUAAUGGCAACCAGAACAACUUUAACACUGAGAAAGAGUGUAUGCAGAAUUGUCACACUGAAGAGGUCUGUAAACAAAGACCAAAAACAGGUCCAUGUAAGGCGCACAUUCCACGUUACUUCUACAACUCCUCCUCAAUGAGCUGCGAGCUUUUCAUCUAUGGAGGGUGUAAGGGCAACCAGAACAACUUUAAAACUGAGAAAGAGUGUAUGCAGAAUUGUCACACUGAAGAGGUCUGUAAACAAAUACCACCAACAGACGGCCCAACGUGUUUGGGGAAUUUCCCACGUUACUUCUACAACUCCUCCUCAACGAGCUGCCAGCUUUUCACCUAUGGAGGGUGUGGGGGCAACUUUAACAACUUUGAAACUGAGAAAGAGUGUAUGCAGAGAUGUCACACUGAAUAAGAAAAGCUCCCAGAGCCAAAGUGUUUGGACUGUUCAAGUUCAUUUUUGAGGCAUACAAACUGAAAUUCAGUCCAGGAGAACAUGUUUCCUGGAGGAAAACUGGGUGGGAUGAAGAAACAACGCUGCUCAUCUGAACUUACCUUACAGAUGCUCUUUCAGCACUCACUUAAAAUGUAUAUGUUCAGUUAUAUCAUAACAGAUUACCAAUAAAACAACUAUCUCAAUA